AGUACUUGACAGCACUCUUAUUUUGAAACAGGAAACUAGGAAACUACGUCGCUAUGGUAACGGAUACAAUCCUGCAAAGAUUAGCUUGUUAGCAUCCGUCCGCCUUCUUUUUUUGAUCCUUUAUAUUGUUCUCUCUACUACUGACAUGUGAUGGAGGGGUCAGAUACAUACCUCAUACGACCUAAUCAUCAGCACAAGUUCAAGCCAGCCAUUGUGAAAGAGUAUAUUCAUGAAAUUGUGAGAGAGCGACUGUCUGGGGUGCGAUACAACCCAGAGGAGGUCCCUGAGCUGUCCCAUUCACUGGCAGACUGCAUUAAGGAUAAAGUGAAGAAUGCGGGAUUUGACCGAUAUAAGCUUGUUGUGCAGGUGGUCAUUGGAGAACAACGAGGACAGGGAGUCAAGAUGUCUUCCAGGUGUUUGUGGGACGCUGACACAGACAAUUAUGCUGAGGAUGUUUUCAUGAAUGACAGCUUGUUCUGUGUGGUGGCAGUUUUCGGAAGCUAUUACUACUGAGGAUGAGAUGAUGGAUGACAGAAUUCUUUCAGAUGCAAAGAUGUGAGGUGAACAUACAAAUGAGACUGCUCACUGUCAGCAUUCUUGGUCAAUGGUGCAUUGAUCUGAAUGAACUAUGUAUGCAAUUGCUGCAUCUUGAGAUCAACACAGAUGAUAUCCACAGCAGAGGAGAUGGAUAUCGGUGUUGAUAAUUUAGUAACUUUGAAAUGGAGAAUUUCACCUGUGUUUUCCUAGAUACUUAUUAAAGACUGAAGCCUCUUUUUGUACUGUU